AUGAAUCUCUUCUCUUCCAUAUUCAGCUAUUUGCUACUGCACUUGUUUGCUUUCUGCUUGCAGGCACAGGUAACUGUUCAGUCCCCACCUAAUUUUACACAGCAUGUGAGGGAGCAGAGCCUGGUGACCGACCAACUAAGCCGGAGACUCGUCCGGACCUAUCAGCUAUACAGUCGAACCAGCGGGAAGCAUGUUCAAAUCCUGGACAACAAGAAAAUCAACGCUAUGGCAGAAGAUGGAGAUGCUCACGCUAAGCUCAUUGUGGAGACUGAUACUUUUGGAAGCAGAGUAAGAAUCAAGGGAGCUGAGACCGGCUUCUAUAUUUGCAUGAACAAAAAAGGAAAGCUGAUUGGCAAGAGCAAUGGCAAAGGCAAGGACUGUGUCUUCACCGAGAUUGUGCUGGAGAACAAUUACACAGCAUUACAAAAUGCAAAAUACGAAGGAUGGUACAUGGCCUUCACCCGGAAGGGACGUCCCCGCAAAGGCUCCAAGACUCGUCAACAUCAGCGUGAGGUGCACUUCAUGAAGCGGCUGCCCAAAGGCCACCAAACCACAGAGCCUCAUAGACGCUUCGAAUUUCUCAAUUACCCUUUCAAUCGAAGGAGCAAAAGGACUCGAAACUCCAGCCCAAAGCCAUCACCCUGACCUGCCUCACCUUGUCCCACUCAGCACCACUUUCCUUGGCUGGAGGACAUUGUGCAGAGACUCAGUUGAUGGACAAUAACUAGAGACUUACCUAUGACG